UGCAACUCAAACUUUAUGUACGAACGCAGAUCCUUUCUCCCUCCCCAUCUGCUCGCUGAGGAAGCAAAUUAUCUCGGUUUAGAAGGUUGAAAGUUUCACACUGUUGCACUGAACUUGUUACUUUGUAAAAGAGGAAACUUGGAAGAAGCAGCAACUUUUGUUGCAAAUAAUUGACACAGUUUUACAUUUGCAAAACAAAGGACCAUGACUCAAUUCAACAAGGGACCAGUGUACGGGUUGACUGCAGAAUUGAGAAGCAAGAUCGCAGGGAAGUAUGACCUGCAGAAGGAGGAGGAGCUCCGGUUUUGGAUUGAGGAGGUGACGGGCAUGCCCAUUGGAGAGAACUUCCAGAAGGGCCUUAAGGACGGAGUCAUCCUCUGCGAGCUGAUAAACAAACUGCAGCCUGGUUCCAUCAAGAAAAUCAACCACUCCAAACUCAACUGGCACAAGCUGGAAAAUCUGGGGAAUUUCAUCCGAGCCAUUCUGAAGUUUGGCCUUUGUCCCAACGAUAUCUUUGAGGCCAAUGACCUGUUUGAGAAUGGAAACAUGACCCAGGUCCAGAGCACACUGCUGUCCCUGGCUGGUGUGGCGAAAACCAAAGGUUCAAACUCCAACUGUGACCUCGGUGUGAAGUACGCGGACAAGAGGACGCGCCAUUUCGACGAGGAGAAAAUGAAGGCUGGACAAUGUGUCAUUGGGCUGCAGGUGAGUCAUGCUAACACAAUAGCAAUUACCACAGUGUCACGUUCGUUGUAUGGAGGAAGAGAGGAGGGAAGUAUACCUGCAGAAGGAGGAGGAGCUCGUUUUUGGAUUGGAGGUGACGGCAUGCCCAUUGGAGAGAACUUCCAGAAGGCCUUAAGGACGGAGUCAUCCUCUGCGAAGCUGAUAAACAAACUGCAGCCUGGUUCCAUCAAGAAAAUCAACCACUCCAAACUCAACUGGCACAAGGCCAAUGACCUGUUUGAGAAUGGAAACAUGACCCAGGUCCAGAGCGACACUGCUGUCCCUGGCUGUGUGGCGAAAACCAAAGGUUCAAACUCCAACUGUGUGACCUCGGUUGUGAAGUACGCGGACAAAGGACGCGCGCAUUUCGACGAGGAGAAAAUGAAGGCUGGACAAUGUGUCAUUGGGCUGCAGGCUGGCAUGUCGGCGCCGGGUACCCGCCGUGACAUCUACGACCAGAAGUCGGCAGGACAGACAGCAGACAGCUCCACCAUCUCCCUGCAGAUGGGCACCAACAAGGUGGCAUCCCAGAAGGGAAUGAGCAGCUACGGCCUGGGCAGGCAGAUCUACGACCCCAAGUACUGCACCUCCCCCACGGAGCCCACCUCUCCCGUUACCCUCGGCAACAAUGCUGGUAGCCAUGGCAACGGGAGCCUGGGAACAGGGACCAAUGGAUCGGAGAUUAGUGACAGCGACUACCAGGCGGAGUACCAGUAUCACCAUGACGAUGAAGAGGAGUACCGGGGUGGGUACCAACAGCAGUACAGCGGGCACUAUGACGAGGACCAGGGCAUCGACUAUUAGACUGACUGUGUGUCAAAUGGCACACUAUUCCCCUCUAUAGGGUGUCAUUUCAUAUUUUCCCGUUUGACUCUGUGUGCCCCAUUUUGGCAGCUAAAAAAAAUUGCGCUUGUUUUGACAACAGCGCUUUUUUUUUGCGUUGUCAAAAAGUCACCCUGUGUAGUAGUAGUCCCAGUUGGGAUAAGUGUAACACAGUGUGUCUGGGAAUAUGUGACGUUAUAGUGGCCUUCUACCGGAAUUGGAGUGGAGUAACAUGUCCAAGUCCCUUUAUGGAUCAUAUGAACCAUAGGCCUAUAUAUUUAGUUUGAUACAGUUUUGUGGGACCACUUAUGAUGACGUUUUUUAAACUGAUGCAAAUUGUGUUACUCUGGUAUAAUUGUAAUAUAAAGAGUGUGAGAGAGAUUGA